AAGUCGGUCAACAUCAAGGGCGGUUACUCGAGUAACACAAACGAUCGUAUGCAAGAUGGAGCACAGGGAAAUAUCUGCCCCAAGAGCGGGGAAAUUUAAUGUACACAUCGAGGGAGACUUGAAACACAAGCACUUUAUAAUACUUACAGUUCAUGAUUUAGGAUGCAACCAUACAAUGUGGAAGAGCUUUCUUCAGCACCCUUCUAUGGCGGAGAUCAACAAAAGGGCUGCCUACAUCCAUGUGGAUAUUCCUGGACAGGAGGAUAAUGCUCCAGAUCUGCCAGCAGAGCACCCCCCUCGGCGUGGUGCUGGGAACUCUCUCUGCUAUAACUUCCCUAGUAUGCAGAGUCUGGGAGAGGAUCUAGUCUGUAUCCUAGACCAACUCGACAUUAAGCAAGUGGUCGGAAUAGGAGAAGGAGCAGGCGCAAAUAUUGUGGCCAGGUUUGCUAUGGCCCAACCCACACGUGUUUUGGGAGUGUGUCUGAUUCAUUGUACCGGAACCACUGCCGGGAUCAUGGAGGGACUAAAGGACAAGCUGAUUGGUUGGAAGUUAGAGCACCUGGGAAUGAACCCCACUGCGGAGGCCUACCUGAUGAUGCACAGAUUCGGUUCAUUUGAGAAGGCUAAAGACCAAGAGGAGCUGAACAAGGCCAUUAAUUCAUUCCAGCAAUCACUCCGCAAAAACAUCAACGCCCAGAACCUAAAGCGAUUUGUCAAGUCUUUCAUGAAGAGAACUAACAUAGCAGAGCAAACUGGAAAAAUGAAGUGCCCUGUGCUCCUGGUGACAGGUGCUCUGGCCUCCUUUAAUCACACCGUUCAUACACUGGCCGGCUUCAUGCUGGCCAAGAUGGAGAAAAACAAAGUAGAGAUUAUAGAAGUGGAGGGAGUUGCAAAUGUCCUCGAGGAAAAUCCCGAUCGUCUAGCUGAAGCUUUCCUGUAUUUCUGUCAGGGACUUGGAGUCAUUGGUGGAGUGCCGAUGCCCCGAAUGACUAGAGCCAAUUCUGCAGAAAACCCAGAGAUCCUGACAAGGAGAACUCGCAGCUUGUCAAUGGAGGAAGCAGACAAGCCACUUGGCAUCUAUUCCUCUAGCCCGGGCCGCGUGGGUAGCCCCAUCAAGCCGGGUACCAGCCCAGGCAAAGGGACCCUGUCCACCAGCCCACCCAGUUAAAGCAGGCCUGGCACGAAACCUUGCAACCUCCUCGGCAGACAAAUCCUCUUUUAACAUUUUGGAUUUUUGUUGUUAGGUUUCUUUCUGAUUUCGUCUUUUUUAUCCAAUGUUAGGAAUAGCUGCAUUUUGUUUUCCUUAGUUUUACCAUGGGAACUAACAUGGCUGUCAAUUUAACUACUGCCAUGUUUAAUAACUCUAAUUCAUUAACUACAUAAUCCAAAGGGCAUUGGUCAAACAAAAUUAUAAUCUAAAAUAAAUUACCGGUAUAAGGGAAUUUUAACUUUUAAAUAAUAGGAUUGCAUAUCAUCUAAUAGUGGAGCAUGAGCUACUCUUAGAAAAAUUAUCUAUGUGUUUUCUGAAAUAAAACACAAAAUACUUGAGAUUGAAGUAUCCAUCCACUGCUGAUGAUGAAAUAACCCCCACUUUACCUAGUAUAGAUUAGAUAUACCAUGAAGUAUUAUCUUUUGAUUACCAAAGUGUCCAUUCUUAUCCUGUCCUUAACUCAAGCAUUUUUUCUUUGGCUAGUCAUACGUAUCGUAUCACUAUAACAUGAGGCAUUUCAUUAGGCUUUUGUAGAAAGUUUAGAAUUAGUAGGUAACAUUAUUUUUUUUAAUGAUUUGUUUGUGUAUUCUCUGAUUACUAUGCAGAAUUUUUAUGUUGAUGUUCAAGUUUUUAUUUUUGUACUGAGAUCUGUUCAGCCAUAUGAUUGGUUUAACUGUCAAUGGUGAUUCUAACACCUGGCUGUGUAUAUUAUGUGUGCCAUGCCAAGUUAACAUGUACACUAACUCCAGCAAGCCGGCUCUGUCUAAUCAGAACAGCCAGCAGUGUGUUGUGGGUGUAAAUGAGUACUCUCCCUCCCCUAAAUUGCUUGGCUGUUCCAUUAACUGCUGUUACACUGGGUAUCUGACCAUCACCUGAUGGUCAAGGACAUUUGAAUAUAUAAUCAGGUCAUUAUCAAUACAUGUAUUAUGGCAGGGUACCUUAUAGACUGCAUCUUAAGAUGGAGAAAAACAUUUCAUUGUAGACGGUUGUGGGACUCCUUUUUAUCCGGAACUAUUCUGUGCUUGUAGGUUUAGUUUCCCCCUUUACUCGUGGUCUCUCUAUAUAUGUGUACAAUUCUGGUCACUCAAAGUACUACUUAAAAAGUCGUUUUACCUAUGUAGAUGUGCAAUACUGUAUUGGCUUUUUGUGCAAAUGAUUACAAUAAAUAAACAAUACAUAUCCAAACAAUUGUUAAAAUCAAGGAAAAUGUUAUUAACAUUUAGAAUGUUUUCUACCAAAACUUGACUGUACCUUUGUAGUCAUUUUUCUGCAGAAUCUCCUUUGGUUAGACUAGAGUGUGUUUGUUUUGUGGGUGAUAAUUGAUCUAUAAUAUGUGUUUUAUUGACUUGCAAGUUUCAUUGACAGUUUAGUUUUGUAGAUGUUUAUUGAAUAAAGUUUGAAGCGACA